UUGUGUGUAUUUCCGGUAUGACAUAAACAAACCGUUCUGCUGCAUCGUGGCGGGUCUACCUGGAACGGAACGGUUCAGAUGAGCGGUUCGUCCCUGUUCGGGCGGACAGGAUCUGCUUACCAUGGUGAAGUGUGUCGUCUCUGGGUGUCCGAACCGCGUGGCCACCGUUAACCGGGGAACCUUCAACAGAGCCCCGAAGAGGUUUUUCAACUUUCCCAAAGACCCAGCGCGUGUUAAGGUCUGGCUGGCGGCUCUGAGGGAGACGGACAAGCAGGACACCUCGGAGCAGCAUUUAAUCUGUGAGGACCACUUCCUGCCAGAGGACAUCUCCACGAAUGGGGUCAACGGUGACGCCAUUCCCCUCAUGCCCCCCUGCCUGGACGGGCCAAUGGACGCGAUCUGCUCCUGGGAGGCCGAGUCCUCCGGGGACGAGGAUCAGUGGGCCGCCACGGGUGGCAGGGAGGACUUUGAGGAUGAAAGUGGAGGCAGAAUUCCUUUUAACACAAAACUUUCUGUACCAGAAAUUCCUUCGCUGGAUCCUCCAGAGCAGGUUCCAGCUGCCGGUCCGGCUUUGGGAGAUAAGACCCGCAAACAUCAAUGGAGAGCGGAGCCUCCGGCCAGCAUGCGAGCCAGAGAAGACGUGUCCCUGGGGGUGCUGACACGGCGUUUCCUGGGUUUAUUCCUGAAGACGCCGGACGGCUCGCUGGACGUCAGGACGGCCAUCGCCAGCCUGCAGACGCGCCGGCGGCGACUCUACGACAUCACCAACGUGCUGGAGGGCAUCAGACUCCUGGACAAGAAGUCGGCCAAUGUGGUCCAGUGGAUAGGACGCUGUCCAGCGUCCAGCUUCCUGGAGAAGAACGAGUCUCAGGGGGAGAUGGACAACCUGAAGCUGGUGGAAGACACGUUGGAUAGCCUCAUAAAAAGCUGCGCCCAGAAGCUGUUUGACAUGACAGAUAACCUCCAGAAUGCUGCCCUGGCUUACGUGACCCAUGACGACAUCAGUCGACUGAAAUCCUUCCAGGAACAGACCGUCAUUGCUGUUAAAGCUCCGGAGGAAACCAGACUGGAGGUUCCUGCACCUAAAGAGGACAGCAUCCAGGUCCAUCUGAAGGGGGGGAAGGGCCCCAUCCUGGUCAUGACGUGUGACGUUGGUAGAAAGGAAGUGAUGGGCGAGAAGAGCAGCUGCUUCGUGUCAUUGGAGGAAAGUCGGAUAAAGACAACACCACUUCGCCCAGAGUCCCUCCAGAGCGCGUAGCCAGCAGGUGACCAGCAGGGGGUGCCAGCUGCCGUUUGCAGGGUUUGGACAGAAAAACUACAAAAAGAAAAAAAAAUGCUGGAUUUUGCACAAAACGUUUGAAUGUGGAAAAGCUGCAAACUGCUGGCUGUCUGGGAGGGAGACGAUCAGCUGGAAACAGGAAAGAUUCCGGAUCAGUUUUUCAUAUCCCUGCUGAUGAAGACGAGGAUGAGGAGCGGCAGCCGUUACGUUAUGACCAUGACUUUUGAUUUACUGGAAACCGUUUGUCUUCUUUGUCUUCCUUUUUCUGGAUUAACUUGUUAUUCGUUUCUGAACUUUUGUAGAAAAAAACUUUCAGAAAUCUGAAAUUAAAGAAAAAACUGGA